AUGGUGGACGUCGUCUCAGACGAGCAGUUGUCUCCGGUCUGUGAUUAUAGCGAUUACAUGACUCAAGACAAUCAGGUGAAGGUCGGCAUCUCUCCCACGGAUGAGCUUUUAUCGCAAACCAGAGCUUACGAAACACAUCACAACAUUCCUCACGAGUCCAAUGACUCGAAGCCACAAAACGCCACAAAAGAUGCAUUAAAUUCUGCGACAGAAUCUGAUUCCUCGUAUGAAAACAAUGCGUUCGCCGGUAAGGAGAAUAUCGAUACCUUUCCCGCGGAUUCCGAACCGAGAAGUCCGUACGAAGUGCUCAGAGGAAAGGGCUCUGAAUCCGAAAAGGAUUCUCACUAUAAGUUUGAUAACAAAAGAAGUGAUUCAUUGCCUAAAGAUAAGGAUAGCGAUAGGGAUAAAGACAACGAUAAGGGUAGCGAUAAGGAUAGGGAUGAGAGACGUGUUGUGGAAAUUGAGGGAAAAAUGAAGAAACAAAUUGUGAGCGAAAUAUUUGCCAAAGAAUUGAACGAAGAGGUUGUGAACGGAUCUCCAGAAAGGAAAAUAAUUCGCAACGAAAACACUGCCACAAAAAGCAAAAUAAUGUCUGUUUCCGAGGAAAUCAAUUACGAAGAGAUCCGGAGAGAGGCGCAGAUUAUCGCACAAACCAUUGUCGUGAAGGCUAAGCAAGAAUUGGCUAAAAUUCCCAACAAAAGUAAUAUCUCUGAAGAGAUAUCAGACGAGGAUCUCGUCGAGCAGGAGAGGGAAUGGGAUGAAGCGGAUGACAUGAAUCGAGUGGUCGUCGAUUCUCCAGUCAGUCCCAUCAGUCCCGACCCAUUGAGAGCUCAGAAACGGAUCAGUUUUACCGAAAGCGAGCCAUACGUCCGAAGAAGUUCUAUCGUUUUGGAUAAGAAUAUAAGUCCCGACGAACUCAAGAGAACUCUAUCCAAUCCGGCGACCAGAAAGUCAAGUGACAGCGGGAGUAGAAGUGGCAGUAGAUCUGGAUCUCAGAGGGAGAAGGAGUCGGGUUCCAGCUCUGAGAGUCAUUACCACUCAUUCGAGGUGUCGGACAGCAGUCGGACUCCUGUGUCGAGUCGACCCACAAGUAGUGAAUUUGAUUUGACUAUAAUCCCGGAGCUGAGGUGUUCCAGCAGUAGAAGCAGCGGUGGCUUCGGUACCACUCAAUCAGAGUACGAGACGUGUGUCACAUCUCAAGAGGGCUCAUACAUGACGGCCGCCUCAUCGCAGGACACCAGCUAUCAUACGGCGCGCACAUCAGUCCGCGACAGUUCCCGGGAUUCAACCAUUUCUAUUGAGUCGGAAAGUUCAGGAAAUUUAGCAGAAAUGUCUUCAGAAGCGAGUGAGACAUUAGUCGAAGAAGACAUCGAAAGACACGGAUCGGUCACCGACGAUGACUUCGAGCCGGCCGGCAGUCUUACGCCUGUCAACGACUUUAAGGAACCGUUUGACUGCGAGAUCCCAGAGUCAGUCAUCAGAGGAGGCGUUGAAAUGCCGUUUAUGUCGGGAACCAAUUGGGGUGAACAGAGACAACAGCCCCGAGAGCCCAAAGCUUCCACUUCUUAUGAAAUGGUUUUGAGUGAAGUGUUAGAGGAAACGACUUCCGAGUUGACUCUCUCUGCAAACAGAGCUCCACUUUUACCGUCAAAUAGUGUCGACGAAAGUAUUUCCGAAAACUCCAAUACCUGGCACUCGUCGAGUGUGGGAACGGCUGUCCCCGCGGGUCAUCCCAACUCUGGCAACGGCUCCCUCACUAGUUUAGGACAGUCCGGAUCGUCCGGUGCCUGUGAAGGGUCCACACAAUUCCGAUCCUUUUCCGAGUCAAUGGGUUCUCUCGAAACCCUAAACACUACUGAAAUGCAACAAAACAUGCAAACCGGCGGCGAAUCG